UGCAGUCGUGCUGCUGACGCGUAUAUUUGUUUAUUACAAAUUAGAAUUUAGCGCGGCGCAAGCCGUUGCUAGUCGUUUUUUUUUUUUAAUCGCUAUGAGUGAACAACUCGUGGCGAAUGAGCUGCUGGCGUUCCUGCAGCAGAAGCUGGACGUGAUGGACGAGGUGUCCGCUGUCCAGAUCUGCGCGUCGAACUUCAGCGAGGAUGACGUCGCUGCUGCAAAGCAGCUGCUGUACCGGUUGCUCAACAAGAGCGACCAGAUGGUGUCCCGCCGGCGUGACGGGACAAAGAAGAGCAUUCAGGACAUCAUUACGCUGCUAAAGGAGACCGAUCCAGACGACGUGCCGACGUUUGUGGCCAAGGAUCUGAAUAAGCUUCCGCCCGUCACCUUCAACCACGUCGACGUUACGAGCCUGCUGAAAGACAUCGUCUUUCUAAAGGCAAGUCUUGCGGAUGUACAGAAGAAGUUAGAUGCAUCCCAAAUUACAGUCGCCGAUUUGCGCAGCGAACUUAAUGAGUUGCGUAAAUCGGUGACUGUAACUGGGUCACCUGUGGGUGCAUCGAACGUAAAUAUGCGGUGCGGAGCGUGCCUCGAUAUAUCGGGUGCAAGUUUCGCGUCAGCAGUGUUGUCGCCAUCGCCGCUGUCACCGCCGAAUGCUGAGUCGGCACAGUGCGCGCCUCGUGCGCCCCGCUGCCCCGCUCCCGUCCCUGCGGCUCCUCCGCUCGCCGCCGCUCGACCGCUCGAUCAGCUGCUCGUUUCUGCAGCGUCGACGGAACAUCAAAAUGUACGUCGAGACUACGCUAGCGUCACCGGUAGCAAAAUUGAUGCUACGAAGAAGCCCGUGCCCGUAAAGGGACAGAAUCGGGCUGACGAUGAGGGGUUCGUUACGGUGCAAAGGAGGAAGCGCCGUCAGCGAACCAACAAGAAUCGUUGCGGCACGGCUCCUAUUGAGCCAAACAUCAAAAUUCGUGCCGCCAAGCCGAACACCCCGGUGUACAUCUCUCGCCUACACUACACCACUAAGGCGGAGGACAUCGUAGAGUACGUGCGUCAGAAGCUGAAGUACGCCCCGAGAGUGCAGCUGCUGGAGUCGCGCCAUAACGCCAAUUUCAAGGCGUUCGUGGUGCGAGUGCCGACGUGUUUCCUGCACCUCGUGUUGGACGAAAACUUCUGGCCACAGGACGUGGUGUUCCGUCGCUUCCGCGGACAAGUGCCACAGGACCGCACAGUGACAUAGUGCAUAAGUGAAGUGCUACUAACAUAGUUUUAAGUUUUUAUUUACUAACAAUUUUGUAUAUCAUAUGUAUGCUAGUUUUAAGGUAUUUAUCUAUGGGCCUUUGAUGCCUGAGAAUAAAGAUGAUUUGAUUUGAUUUGAUUUGA